CACCAUCUGUUUGUUAUAAUUAACCCCACAUAAGGGGUAAGUUGUGACAUUUGCACUCCUGUCACUUUCGGUGUAAUUGUAUAAUAACGUUUUUCAUUAAAAAGGGCUGCUUUCUCAAGUUCUGCAGUGACGACACGGACUGUAUCACGUGACCGGAAGUAUCGUUUCUGGUGAGACCGCGCGGGUGUUGAACGAAGAAACAGCUCGACAGAUUCAAAACAGACUCAAACAUGAGGUCUAUUUACACACACACAGAGCUACUAAAAUGAGCUGCUUUGUGAAACAGCCAAUCAGAACAGAGCUCAACAUUAUUAUUCAUGACUCUCUUAAAUAAGCUUGAAAGAAGGUGAUCAAAAAUGUCUCGUCAAAUGGGAGACAGUCACAGACGAUUUUUACAAACCAUGAUGAUGAAUGGCAUAAUCAGUGCUUCACAAGCAAAGGCAUUACACCGACACUGCUGCGAGACUCAUGGAGCACAUUAUGCUCAAGACAGAUUAGACGAAUUCAUUGACAUCAUUAACACCCAUCUACAGCCCAUGUUUAUCAACAUCAGAAAGGGCAUGUCAGAAGAGGAUGGAAUGCAGUAUUUUGCCUUGGUCAACAUGGCACAGACCGACAUAACAAGAAUGGCAUCAGAUUACGCGGACAACGAGCUCGAACUUUUCCGAAAAACGAUGGAUUUGAUUGUAGACUCGGAGAGUGGGUCUGCUUCAUCCACCGAUAUUUUAAAUUGUGCCGACAGCCUGCAGACUAAAAAGUUGAAGAAGAAAGAAACUGAGCAUGUUUUAACUAAGUUUGUUGAGGACAAGUGGUUAAUCGAGAAACACGGUGAAUACACACUGAGUGUCCGCUGCAUAAUCGAGAUGGAACAGUACAUGCGUGCGGUCUACCAGGAUCUCAUCAAAGUGUGUAAUGUGUGUCACAGCAUUGCCCUGCAGGGUCAAAUGUGUGAAAAUCCAGGGUGUGGGAUCAAAAUGCACAUCCCAUGUGUUGCUCGGUAUUUUAAAGCACGCACUGAUCCUCGCUGCCCUACGUGCAAUGAUUUCUGGCCUCAUGAGAUUCCAGAAAUACCGCGUUCCCAGUCACAGGGCUCACAAAGUCUGUCUUCAUCAGCCAAAGAGAACACAGCCCCCACACCUUCUACAUCAGCAACACGACGGUCAAGAAGGUCCUGAUCUCAAUGCUUGCCGUACAGCGUUGCUUUUUCUAAUAUUUAAAUUGCAUUCUU